AUGGAUGAUCCUUGGGGCUCACCAUGGGCUUCCGCUCCCACUGAUUCUGUCCACGAGAAUGGCAGCCAUCCGCCACCAUCUCCUCCCAAGAGUCUGCUGAGCCCCCCUCCCAGAGCUUUCUUCAGCAGCAACACGAGCCAGCCAGUCCACGCGCACUCCCCCUGGGCCGACAACAGCUUUGGCGACUGGACAGGUUCUGCGCACGUCGACGACGCAGCUCCCACUUCAGCAUGGAACUCUUGGACCGCCGACUCGAGUCUCACUCCGCGAGCCGAGUCUCCUGCGAAACAAAGCCCUAUAGCAUGGCCGAGUAGUGCUGCCACAUCACCCGGCCUGAAACCCACCCUCAUCCGCUCACGCUCAUCCUCCGUCUUUCCCCAACAUUCGCCAGAUCCAUGGGCUGCAGAGUCGCCAUGGAACGACAGGAGCGACGCGCUUUCGAACGCUCCCGGCCAAACAGUCGUCGACAAUAUCCAACACGACCUCUCCGCCCCUACCCAAGUCGUUAUACAUGUUCAGCAGCCAAAUACAAACCCACCAGGCAACGAAAAUGAUGAGCAAGUCAUUGACGCCGACGACCAGGAUGGGCUAAAAUAUACCGGGCCAGCCGCUGUUUGCGAAAGUCCAGUCUUGGUCAGCAAUCUCACUGUUGAAGUGGAAGGCCAUGAAACUCCGUCCCGGCCCUCUUCCACCUUCUCAGUUGAGAGCAAUCAUGCUUUGGACCGCCAGGAUUCUCCAAUCACCUCAAUCGACGAAGAGUCCAAUGUUCGCCCUCGCUCUGCCACACGAAAGGUCUCAAACAAAAUCUCAGAGCUCGUGGGACUGUAUGAUGGGCUGGCCAAGGCUGCUACCAAAGAGCCCCAACUAUCAGAGAGGUCUGCGCCUGGGGGUGGCAGUCGAGACAGAAGCGCCAGUCUUUCUAUCAGCGCGAACCCUGAUGUCGAAAAUGGCACUGAGCAUUGCCAAGAUCCUCCCCAACAAAAUUUAGCCGAGGUGGACAAGACAAGAACUUCGAUAUCUUCGAACAGGUCCUCUACUCCCAAGGUCGUGGCCCACGAUAUUGCCAAGCGCAGCAGUCUCGACCACGGCUGCAAAGGCCCGGCCUUAGUGCCAAACGCUGCCUCCGUCCCGGUCCAGCAAUUAAUCGACAAGUUCGGUGCAAUAAAAUUCGAGCCAGAUGUGACACUGCUCGAAACGGCCUUCGCACAUGAUUUAGAUCUCAACCAACAGGAAAGUGAGUUCGGAGACACUCUUGUGUCUGACCGUAUUGUUGAGGAUAGUUUCCAAACCCUUGAAGAACGCAGGGCCUGGUAUCGCAUCUCAAGGUUCGGCUCAUCGCGGAAACACAACUCGGGCGAUGAGGAAAAUUACCACGCAGUGAAUUGGCAAACUUCACAGCUUCACGUCGAUGUCAUCAAAAUCGUUCGCAGGUGGAUGGAAGAGGAUUCUUUCUCCGGCAAGCCCACACUUGGUGGCAGUAAGCGCACGAGCGUCUUUAACUGGGACUCUUCAGCUGCCCCUGUCGGGCUUGACAAGAUAUUUGCCCGCCGAUCGCUGGCGGCACGUCCCAAAACACACUCGAUUGCCCCUCUUGGGCACACUCCAACAUCGUCUGUCGGUUCAUUGGGCAGUUUCUUGGAGGAGCGUAGAUCGUUUCAGGAAAUCGAUACCCUGAGCAGCUCAAGCGGUCCACCAACCGCUCUGGCUUCACCUGUUGCCAGCUUUGGCUGGAGUUCAGAGCCACGGCUUGUGUCAACUCUCGCAAUCUCAAGCUCAAACUCGAAUGGAACAGAAACAAAGGCAGCGAGCCAAAAUGUCCCGCCUGCCCUUCCUCUGUCUCCAAUCUCGUCACCAUUAUCGACUAUUCCGGCUGGGCAAACGAUUACGUUCGGACAGCAUGACGACGAUGACGACGAAUGGGGUGAAAUGGUCUUCUCGCCUACAGAGGAGAAUUUUACUCUGACGGAGGAUAGCCUUGAUCAACCAAAAGCAAUAUCGCAAACCUUGGCCUCGCCAAUCAUGACAGAAGCCCGGCCUGUUGUUGAAGAAAUUCAUCCCGUCUUUGAGGCUCAAAAUGCGGUCGUAACGGCGCAGCCUUCAACCUCCAACCACAACGAGCACCAUAAGAAAAACUCGGCUCCAUCUGGUAUUCCAGUACCUCAGAGCUUGUAUUUGGCACCUUCUGUAGCUUCGUCGAGCCUUUCGGUAGAUCCCUGGGCUUCUGCUGAUAUCUCUUUCUUUGAUACACCAGCAACGAAUUCCAAAUCGGCCACUGCCAGCUCUAACACAGUGGACGCCCCAUUAAGGAAACCAGCAACCACACAUUGCGAACCUCGAGAUAAACAUUCUUCAUCCACCAAUUAUAUAGCUCCUUCUCAAGUAGGAGUCACACUGGGUCCCAUCGAGAGCUCAGACAACGUAACAGCAACCGAAACAGUUCGACGAAUUUUACAGAACUUACCCGACCUCACGUACAUGUUACGAUGA